AUGGAGCUUCGAUUCCGAGGCAAGAAGAGCGCCGAGGGCUCUACAUUGAUAAGCUUCUGGCUCUGUGAGGGCCCUAAAAAGCGACGCGUUGUGGCCGAUAAGUCGCAGUCGCUGAGGUCAACAGCGUUUGAUUGGAAACUGUCAUAUGUGCUUGAAGAUAAGAAUUUACACUUUUUAAAUGAGUCAACGGGGCAGGUUCUACCUAACGACGAAGAAUUGGGUAAGUUGAUAUCAGAGCGCGAUGUCGUGCGACUCUGUUCGACGAAAGAGAUGGACGCGCUGCUGGAAAAGUUUGCAACCCGUGAUCAAGAGGUCGCAGCGGAAAUGAUGAAUUCAAAGGCUACAACACCAAUUAGCGCGGCUCUGUCCCGAUUCAAAAAGAUGAACGUCACAAACCCGACAUUAAAAAAGUUACAGAAAACAUUGGACGAGCACACGAGCCCUCAUUCUUCGACAGCGCAUAGCAAACCCGAGCCUCCGGACCAGUAUCUGGAAAUGGAUCCGAUCUUUGAAAGCGGCGCGAUCGAAGAGAUUAUUGGAGACACUAACAAACAGCCGAAUACGUGCGACACGUGCGAUGUUUCGUGGCCUGACGAUGCCUCAAGUAAUAUGUACCGGUGGCCAAAGCUGGGCAUUGUCACACACCAAGGGUGUGCACAGUUCACUGCCCAGGUAUUAGCGCAGCAUCCGGAAAUUACAACGCGCGAGGAAUUUUUAAACAUGUCAAAGACUCCAGCGUCGGGCUUGAAUCGACCGGGUACUUUCCACGUGACUGUCCUUCGCGCAAUGGAAUUACCUGGAACUCAGCUUAUUGGCAAGCAAGCGCCGUAUGCAAAGCUAUCGUUGCUUCCAUGGAAGGAACCCAUGCAAACCAAGCCCGUUGAAAAUGGUGGACGCAAUCCGAUGUGGACCAUUGCGCAUGAAAAUGUGAUGCAAUUUUCACACAUGUACAACAGUACGAUCACGCCUAUUCCGUUGCUUGAAGUCGAGGUCUACAAUUACAACUACCUCGCUGACGAUCAAGUUGCUUGUACACUGGUGGAUAUGAGCCCGUUACUUCGGUAUCCCAAUGUCGUAGUAAAGCGGUGGUUUACUUUGUCGUCUCGAGCAUUGCUUACUCAAAGCACAGGGCAGCCCAAAAUUAUGCUGGCGAUCGAGUUUGUACCGACAAAAGGAGAGAUAAGCACGAUUAAUUCGCACAAGUUCCGCGUUCAUCAGCUCAAAUCGAUCGGUCUCGCAAUGCCGACUUGCGCAGUGUGUGAUCGCUCUAUCAUGAAUGCACUGAAAAGCGUCUGGGGUUACAGAUGCGAACUUUGUGAGAUUGACGUGCACAAAAGCUGCAUGAUGAAGGCUACACUUAAGUGUGACUGUAUUGCACAAGAAUUAUUAGGUGCUGGACAAGAGGAGAAAGAGCGCAAAGGUAUUAAUUACCUUGUUUUAAAUAAUGGCGUAUUGCGUCCAUUAGGGGAACUGUACGUGAAAUUUUGUGGUUUACACUUGUGCACAAAACAUUGCCGAGACGAUUUUCAUGCGAAAAACGUCUUUGAGGGAGAUACUUACUGCCGACUUCACUUCGACGGCAUCGUGCAUGAGACCAGUCCCGUCUUGAAAAGUGCUGACCCGAUGUAUAUGGAAAAGUUGUGCUUUAAGGUUCGUCAUCCCAAUUCAACUUUCCGCAUUGAUGUCAUCGAUUUCAAUUCGGACCAGUGCAUUGCACAGCUGGACGUUACGCUUUUUCAGCUUCUCCAACGUGAAGCGGAUGAAUUCAUUCGUACAAAUCAAUUGCUAAAGAAAUUACGCGAUCCACUUCGCUGCUUCAGCCUAAAUAAUGAGGCAAAUCAAGGUGCAAUAAACAAUUCGUGGGCAAUUUUGCCAUUUCUGGAUGAAAAAGAUUACUACAAACUUUUGCCGCCCAUCGGAUCAAAGGGUCGACCUGGUGUCUGUCUUGGGUUCGCACUUAUUGAUUUGAAUUAUGUAGAGUACAAGAAAGAUCUACUGCAUGUUGGGGUCAAUAACGACUCUAAUCUACUAGAGCGCGAAGACAAAGAAUUUUCGGUGGAUUCGCUGCGUAUUACUAUAGAACGAUUCGGCCGGGCAGUGAAAUUUUUCCAAGGAAUUGAUGCUGAGUAUGCCAGUGUCAUUUCAUGGAAGAAUAGGAAGAAAUCAGCAGUGGUUUUCGUUUCGUUUGUAUAUCUUUGCUUAUUUGCCGAUUUGGAGUACGCUUUAUCGUACAUCUUUGGAGGUAUUUUAGUGUACAUGCUGUAUCGACUACAUUUGCGCUUAGAAGGCGCUUUCAUGGUACGUUGGGUUGCAUACAAAGAAUACGAACGUGAGCUCGAGGAAGCACAAAAGCUGUACAGACCACUAGCAGAUUUGUACGUUGCUGUGCACGAAGCACAUCUUUCUGAAGAGAUGGACACUUUACUUAUGCAAUCGCAGUCUCGUUCAAAAGAUACAUCAUCCUCAAAGCUUGGUUUUUAUGUUCGUAUCAAGUAUCGUCCUAACGAUAAAGUCUCUGAGACUGGCGACAUGGUACUCAUCCCUUCCAACUACGAUGAAACGACGAUCGCUUGCACAGAUGUGGUGGGUAGAAGUCGGAAGCUGAGCUGGCGCAAACGCUCUCUGUCCUCUGUGGGCGUCUUGCCACUUGUUACGCUCCGAAAAACACUUCCGUUCCGAAAUUUCAAUGUGUCUUGGCGCCAUGAUCCCAACUUGUGCAUUUGUGAUCAAUGUAAGUCAUAUCAGCAAAGCUUGGCUGAAGAAUCACCUGUGUUAACGACAAGUUCUGGCUGUGGUGUCGAUCACCAUGCUUUCUACUUUCCAAUUCCACAAGCAUCUCGAAAAAACUUCUCCGGUCGUGACGAUCUGGUACCAUGGUCGUCGUUUCCUGGUCUUGUACAGUUUGAUUUGUGCAUUUCACUGAACGGCGAAGCUAAAGAGACGCCAGACUUGAUUGCUGCAACCGCAACAAUUCCACUUCGACAUUAUGUAAAGCAAGGUGAAGAUUCAAGUGAAUUGUUUCUUCCACUCUCUACGCUUUCAGCGGUAAGUAGCACGAAAGAUUUCAAAAUUUGCAACACGCAAGGGCCGGAUUGUUUAGAGAACAAUUAUUUGCUUGUACGAAUAAAAUUCCAAGUUCCAGAAGGAAGUGAAAUGUCGUCGAAUGGUACGCUUCUGAAGAAUGAAACCCCCGAGGCACACGAAAUGUCACCUGUUCGACCAAUGUCGGCGCAAAUUAAACGCCCAACUAGCCAUGUCAUGCGCAGUUUCUCUGACUUUGUGUAUGAUAAUAUGGUAGAAAAAGAAAAGUCCAAAAUCUUAGGCGCAAACCUAUUUGACGCUUUUUGGAAAGUGAAAGAUACUUUCGCACAGUUACAAAACGAAAUAGGGCGUGCUUGUGGAGCUAUAGCUUGUGCUGAAAAUCUAUUUAAUUGGACACAUCCAUGGAAGACUGCCACAGCUUUUGUUAUAGUGGCGGUGUUGGCACUCGUGUUUUCGGUUGUCCGUGGUCGCUGGGCAAUUCUUCUCUUUGGACUUACGGAAUUUGGUGCGGUAUAUGUGGAUGACGCUCCUACCAGUAAACGCGUGAGAAAGGUUUUGUGGAACUAUUUAUCCUCGCUUCCUACCGAUCAGGAUUUAAUCGACUUGUACGAGCCCGAGCGGAGCGUGUAUAUGACAAAGCGCAAAUUGCAGCUAGAGGAAGACGAGGAAGCUGCAGCCCGUCUUCGUUAUCACGCAUUGUGGAUCGGCAAUGUUUCUUCAAAAAUCGAGGGAGAUCGCUACACUAAGAAUUACUUUCUAGUGUAUCGUCCGUAUCGAUUUAUGCUGUGGAAAGCCGAGGAUGAUGCUGAAGAGGGCUCUCACCCGCAUCUACAACUCUUUGUUUGUGCAAUUGUGCUUUAA